UUGACGAUUGAGACUCUUAAAUUCAAUUGUUUUCAGAGACGGGUUCAUACUCGGGGCCGGGGAGAAUGCUCAGUGGCUACGGAUGCAGCGCGAAGGACGACUGCGAAAAAAGUAAGCGGUCAAAUAAGAAUGACUGUUGAUGGACGCAUUAUUAACGUUAAACGAAUUAGUGAACCGCGCACUCCAAUUGAGAAAAAAUUCACACGGAAAACAGCCGAUGAUAAAGGCGGCUCAAGUGCACGUAAAGCGAGUGUAGCAGAAUUAUGGAUGAAUGAGGUUGCAGCGACCGGUGUUAGAGGAAUAAGAAAAGAAUUUAUUAACGAUUUGAAAGGUUACGUUCCGAUUGGUCCACAAACUGCAUGGGAAUGCGAGAAGAAUUACGAUAAAAAUAGAUUUGAAGAUAUUCGACUGUUGGACAAUACAAGGGUCAUAUUAAGGAACACGCCAGAUAAUGAAGAUUACAUACAUGCGUCAUAUGUGAAAUUGGACGGAGAUACGGUAUUUAUUUGUGCUCAAGGACCAAUGAAUAAUACAGCGCAACAUUUCCUCAUUAUGAUUGUUCAGGAAGGCUCUAAGGUGAUUGUCCUAGGACAUUUCUGCAAAAAAAGUGUUUCAGUUACGGCAGGAUCAAAUCAAAAUUUGUGCACUGAAUCGGUUGACAGAUUUCUACGAUGCGGCAUCGGUCGUUCUACAGUUAUGAUACCAAAGAAUGGAAGUGAAUGUGAAGACUAUGGUGCUGUCCGAGUAAGAAUCUUAGGAAAACCGAAACAUUUUCUAUCGCUUAAGAAGGUGACACAUACAAGAAUUCGAAUCACUUAUGCUGGAGUAUCGCAUGAGACUGAACACAUUCUCUAUACUGGAUGGCCAGAUCAUAGCGUACCUGAAUCAGUAACAGUUUGUAAAGAAGUACGUAACAUAGUGCGUAAAUAUGCCGGAAAGAAGCCUGUGAUCGUACACUGUGGGGCUGGAAUCGGGAGGUCGGGAGCAUAUGUGGCUGCGGAAAUGGCAAUAAAUCGAUUGCAACGAAACGAAAUGCUUGUGAUGGGUGAACUGAUCAAAGAUCUCAGAGAUCAGCGUAUGGGUGCGAUUCAAAAUGAUCAACAGUAUCUGUUUGUGUUUCGAAUGGUAAUCGAAGUAUUAGUCUCAGAAGAAUUGUUGCUCAAAAAUCAACAAGUGAUUGACUUUAUCAAGGAAUAUGAUGAUCUUAUUAAACGAAAACGUCUGGAACGAGCAAGGAGAUCGAAGACUUAA